GCAGCCUGCAACGUCCUCUGGCACCAUAGUUGCCACUCUGGGAAAAGUCGUUGAAUUGCUUGUCCAUUUUGUAGGGUACCCGAAGUAGCUGGUUGACACUUGGCGUUGCUUUCACUUAAAAGCUCUUUGGUUCUUCCAGGUGAUACAUAGUUGCAUCGACUCCACAGAGUGAGAACUCACACUGCCAACAUGUUCUUCCUUUCCAGGGUUGAGAACUGGAGCUUCCUGAAAGACUAUGACCCCAUGGGCAAUAAGAAGGAGCCUGAGAAGCUGCCGGACUAUGUUCCUUUCUUUUCGGACACCGUCCCCAACUCCGCGAACCGGGUCGUGGGCAGCAGGGUGGACACGCCCCUGGGGCAGGCGCUCAUCGGCAUGGACUUCUUCUUCGUGGAAGGGGCCCGCAAGAAGAAGCUGGAAGAAGAGCUGCAGCCCGUCUAGGAGCGAGGGGGGCCCGGCCGGCCUUCCCCAGGUCUGCAUGGAGCUGGGGCGGCUGAACUUGGCUGGACUUGGCUCCACAUUUCAGGCUGGAUCUGAGUCUUACCCAGAUAUCUUGCACUCUCUUGGACCCACAGCCUCCUGGACAUGUUCUUCUCAUGGCACGUCACUAGGGCACAAGGGCCCAACUGAAUCAUACAAGCACACUGAAGCCGCCUGCAUGCCCCCUGCAGCCAACCCCUGUGGCCUCGCCCCUGUGUGUGCUGUCAUCCUAGUAGACGCUGCCUCACGCCAGCCCCACCUGCCCUCUGCUCCCUGCCACAGCUGCCUUCUUUUCAAUAGGAUGGCUGCUUCUACCCCCACGGCACCCAGUGGGAGCCCGGGGAAUCAGGACAGAGGGCAUCUGCACUAAAGUCCUGACCCAGCCUCUCACCUUGUUUGGGCCAGAGCAAAGGAGGCCUCCGGACCUCAGCCCUGGGGAAGUGGGCACCGAGCCUGCGCGUCAGCACUAGCAAAGCAGACGGGCAUUAUCAAUAAGGACACAGAACAGCUCAGAGCCCACGGGCCAGGGAGCAGCAGGGCUCUGGGAAGAGACUGGAAUUAUAACCGGCCACAGCCUCGGCCACUCACCACUUGUAAAAGCCAAUAACAAGGAUGAGGAGUGGUAAAAAGAAGGUGACUAUUCUAGAGCUAGCAGUGGGGAAAUGGCCAAGGUUAGUGCCUCGAAGAAACCAUUUCAAAGAUUCAGGUUGAGGACAGGGGUUUUAAAAGGGGUUUUGCUCUGCGGGGUCUGCAGGAAUGGCAAGGAGGUGCCGGACGGCAUGGCUGGUCCCCAUGGUCGCUUUGAGUUAUUGCUACACCUGGUGAA